CACCCUUGAGUAGUGUGCGAACUGCCCCCCAGCUUGAGAGCGUGCGCGUGUAUGAGAUGCAGGGAGAGCCGCGCAGAGCACUACCCAAAUAGGCACAGCUACCAAGCGCACAGACAGAGCCGCUGAAAAAUAAAUUCCACACACACUUCAGCAGGGAGAACUUCACAGCGAAGAACGAAACCAGGAAAAUGGGGGGCAAGUUGAGCAAAAAGAAGAAGGGCUACAAUGUGAACGACGAGAAGGCCAAGGACAAGGACGCCAAGGCGGAGGGCGCGGCGGCAGAAGAGGGCGAAGCUCAGAAGGAGAACAAGGAGGAGGCCCCGGCGGCAGCCGAGAACAGCGAGGCGGCCGCCGAAAAGACGGAGAAGGACGCCCAGCCCGCCGCCGACCAGACGGCGGCCAAAGAGGAGGGCAAGGACGCGGCCGCGAAGGAGGAGCCCGAGAAGCCCGCCGCCAACGCCGAGCCCAAGGCCGAGGCGCCCAAGAGCGCGGAGGCCGCCGCCCCCAAGCAGGAGGACAAGCAGCCGGCCGCCGCAGCCGCCGCCCCGGCCUCUAAAGAGCCCGCCCCCGAGGCCAAGGCGCAGGCCCCCGCGCCGCCCGUGGCCGACAGCAAAGCGGAGAGCAAGGAGGAGGCCGACGCCAAAAAGACUGAGGCCCCCGCGGCACCAGCAGCCAAGGCCGAGGCCGCGCCGGCCGCCCCGGAGCCCAAGCCCUCGGAAGCGCCGGCCCCCGCCGCCGCCGCCGCGUCCCCGAAGGAGGCCCCUGCGAAAGAGCCAGCCCCUAGUUCUACAACAGCCGCCGUGGAGAACGCGGCCCCACCGAAGGAGGCCAACGCCACAGACGCCGCAGUCCCUGGCAAGGAUCAAACCGUAGCAGUUCAAGAUUAAUGGACAGCUUCUUUUAAAACAAAACAAAAAACCAACAACAACAACAAAAAGAAAUUAAUAAUUAAAUUAAAUAGCCCACCCACAUUAUUAUUAUUAUUAUUAUUAUUAUUAUGAUUAUUAUUAUUAUUUUUCUGCUGUAGUAUUUGAACUUUGAUACAACUCUGUAUUAACCACCUGCCCCCACCUCCACCCCCUUCCAACCCCCUCACCUAUACCCCUCCAGCCAUUGCCUAGAUUGCCAUCCAAGCUUCCUGGGAUUUUCCUCAUCUCUCUUGCAUCCAUUCUUCUGUCUGGAUCUUCCUCCUGAAGCUUCUGGGACUGUAAACCACCAUUUUUUUUCUCUUGGACUAUCUAGGCUGCAGAUGUCUGAAAAUUAAAUGGAGAGGGUAGAAUCUACUUACCAGUUGGACAUGCACUCUAUCAGUCCUCUCCUCUUCCCUCACUCCUCUUUUCUCCUCUCCUCCCUCUUCUCUCACCUCUUCUCCUCCCGUCUCCCCUCCUCUCCUCUCCUCACUUGUCCUCUCCUCUCCAGGGUGCUAUGUUCUCUGUUCUGCCUGUGGGGUCAGCGCUGGAGCAAUCCAACAGCAAGCGAUUCUUCCUUUAUGUUCCCUCUGGCGUUCCGGCUCAUCUUGCCAUAGUUGUGUUCCCCCCUUUUUUUCACCAGCUUCUUCUCCACAGGCCUGAGCUGUCACUUUCAAGAAGGCCAGAUGUGCCACACCCCCACCACCUCCCACCCCCCCAGCAUUGCCCAGCCCUCCCCCCCCCUUUUAUUGCCGUAACACCCCCCCCCCCCGCUUCUCGUUUAACUUUGAUUUGGUUCUGACUGACAUAUCUCACCCCAUCAUUCGGCCCGAGCUCGGUGGAUCUCAAACUCUGGACCGCCAUCGCGGUGGGGCUCGGAGGCGGGCCCAUGAGCUGCCACACAGUGUAAGCGAGCCACCUUGCAUGAAUUACCAGCCUUUUCAUGCUAUGUCACAACAAAAGCUGCAGAGAAAUUUUUUAAAAUAAUUUUCAUGUGAGGUGGGUCCGCCCACCUAGCACAGUCCAUGGGGGAUGUGCAGCUCGCUUUGAUGAAUUGGCUGAGAACCACCAAACUCACCGACCUUUUCUCUCUGUCUCUCUCUUCCUUUCUCUCUCUCUCUCUCUCUCUCUCUCUCUCUCUUUGUUUGACUCUAUCUCAUUCUGUCAUUCUCUGUGCUUCUCUAGGUAUAUAAAUAUAUAUCAAUAUAUAUUUCUCGCCCUUUAGGUUUCUGUCUCUUCCUCUCUUGACAACGUAAAUGCAUGUCCGUGGUUGGGUGCACCUGUAGUCCUGUCUUUCGGUCAAGUGGAAACGGAAAAAAAAAGAUUCUGCAUUCAUUGCAAAUAAAGUCGCUGUUCCAAUCCGUGUUGCUGCCACAACACAACUCAUUGAAACAAAAGAAAAAAAAAUGUAACAUGGAUGCAUUCAAAUUAUAUGUACUUGUAUAAAUGGUGCAACAGUAAUAAAAUGUAAGAAAUGGAUAAAAAAACAA